CUUCGGACACACAACCAUAGUCAAUCCCUUCGUCUCAAAAGUCUCCAAUUCCGAUUCCAGUGAUGGACAACUUACCCUACGAAAUCAUUCUCCGGUGGGACUCCGAGGAAGCCCGAAAGAAGAUGAUUUUCGCCGGCGACCGGCAAGAGGCGGAGCGCUACCUUCAAGCCGUCGACGAAAUCCAGCGCUCCGGCAACCAGAGUGCUAUCCCCAUCGCCAUGGCACGCUUGGAAAACGAAUUUCGCAAUAUUCUCAUUUCCCGUAGCAAGCCCAUUUCCUUCCUUCACCAUAUCCACGCCAAAGAAGAAGAAGAAGAAGAAGCUCAACAUGGUUGUGCUUGCUUCAGUCAUCCACGCUUUAACACUUCAGCUUCAGGAAAACGACAAGAUGAUUAUGAUCCUUUUGAUGAUUGUAAUUUUCUUUAUUCUCUUAGGUUGGACAAGACUAAUAAGCUAGGUUAUAGUAUUGGUGCUAUAAACGACCUGCGUUGCAUCGCCGAAAGGAUGAUAUCGUCUGGGCACUUGUGCCAGUGCAUCGAGGUCUAUGGCACUGUGAGGAAAUCCAUUAUCGAUGCCUCUCUUCGGAGGCUGGGCAUCAGUCAUGUUAACCUUCCGCUUGACGCCAAGAUCCGCCGCUGGAGAGAGGUUGCUAAGGUCUGUGUAUUCACCUUCUUCCCCCGUGAGAAGAAGCUUUGUGAGGAAAUCUUUAGUGGGGUUGGUGAUGAUAUUGAUCAUGCUUGCUUCAUGGAAACUAUGAAGGAAUCUGCCAUUCAGCUUCUCAACUUCGCUGACGCUAUUUUCACAGCCACGACCUCAUCGCCUCAGAAGCUGUUCAGGAUUCUAGACCUGUAUCAAGCUUUGGCUGAUUUGAUACCUCAUUUUGAUAAUAUCUUUGACCAUAAAUUAUGUGAGUCCAUCCGUGUUCUCGCUACUAAUAUUCUGUCUCGAUUGUCUGAGGCUGCAAGGCACACUUUCUUCCGGUUUGAGAAUGCUGUGCUUGGGGACACAUCUGAGUCUGAGGUUCCUAUCCCUGCAAAUGGGACAAUUCAUCCCUUGACUACCUAUGCGAUGGAUUAUUUAUGUUUUAUCUGUGAUUACAAGCAAACUUUGAAUGGUCUUAUACUGCCUAAGCCAUCAAUGGAGUCUAUUUUCACCCUGGAUAUGCAUUUUGCUCAGGAAGAAGGGGAAGACCGAUUGACUAUUUGCUUAACUUUGAUUAUUGGGAUAUUGCUAAUUAAGUUGUAUGGUAAGUGCAAGCAUUAUAAGGACGAGUCUUUGUCUCAUCUGUUCAUGAUGAACAAUGUCCACUACAUUUUUAAGAGGGUGAGAGGGCAUUCUGAAUUGAGGGACAUGAUUGGAGAUGGUCAUUUGAAAAACCUGGAGAGGAAAUUCAAUCAGGCUGCUGUUAGCUACGAGAAAUCAACUUGGGGGAGGGUGUUGGAUUGUUUAACGGAGGAGGAACUGUAUUUGAAAAAAGGUGGCAAGAUGUCAAUGUCGAAAAGUGCUUUGAGAAAAAAAAUUAAGGCAUUCAAUGUCUUGUUUGAAAAGGUUCAUAGGACUCAGGCUGUCUGGUCAAUACCGGAUUUAGAACUUAGAAAUAGCCUUCAAAUGUCCAUAACAAAGAAACUGAUCCCAGCGUAUAGGUCAUUUGUUAGGCGGCAUGGGAAGAUGGAAUUGAGUGGAACAUAUGUAAUGGGCCAUGCUAAGUAUUCUCAGCUGGAUCUGCAUGCUGCUGUUUUUGAUUUUUUUAAAGGAAAACCUACUUCCUAGCACUU